AUAACUGGUAUUGUACAAUGUACAUAUUUCAGAAAGAAUGGCAGAAAUUAUGGAAGAAGAUAAAGUUACCAUUAAAGAAGAAAUCUCUACUGUAGAGGAUACGUGUACUGUAUUUGUAGUGGGAGAAGAUGUAAAAGAGGAAAGUACAGAAAAUCAAGAUGAAGUUGUCAAGAUUGAAGUAGAUCCCCUUUUCCCAGAACAAAAGAGGAUUAAAAGAAGUAAACUGAGAGAUAAAAGAGAUAAAAGUUAUCCCUGUGGAAAAUGUGAUUAUGUGGCAACUAAAUCCUGUCAUUUGAAGACACAUAUUCAGAGUAAACAUGAAGGAGUGAGAUAUCCCUGUGAUCAGUGUGAGUACCUUGCUACUGAAGUACGCAAUUUAAAGAAACACAUUGAAAAUAAACAUGAAGGAGUAAGAUAUCCAUGCAAUCAAUGCGAGUACGCAGCAACUGACCAAAGUAAUCUAAAGAUUCACAUUAAAAAUAAACAUGGAAGGGUAAGAUAUCCAUGCAAUCAGUGUGAAUACACUGCCACUACAACAAAAAUUCUGAAGAGACAUAUUGAAUCUAAACAUGAAGGAGUAAGAUAUCCAUGCAAUCAGUGUGAAUACACUGCCACUACAACAAAAAGUCUGAAGAGACAUAUUGAAUCUAAACAUGAAGGAGUAAGAUAUCCAUGCGAUCAGUGUGAGUACACUGCCACUCAGGCAUGUAGUCUGAAGAUACACAUUAAAUAUAAACAUGAAGGAAUAAGAUAUCCUUGUUCUCAUUGUGAAUACGCUGCCACUACAGCAAGUAGUCUUAAGAUACACAUUGAAUUUAAACAUGAUGGAGUAAGAUAUACAUGCAAUCAAUGUGAGUACGCUGCUACUAGAUCAGGUGGUCUGAAGAAACAUAUUGAAUCUAAACAUAAAAGAGUGAGAUAUCCUUGUGAUCAAUGCGAGUACACUGCCACUACAGCAAGAUGUUUGAAGAUACAUAUUGAAAAUAAACAUGAAAGGGUAAGAUAUCCAUGCGAUCAGUGUGAAUACACUGCCACUACAACAAAAAAUCUGAAGAGACAUCUUGAAUCUAAACAUGAAGGAGUAAGAUAUCCUUGCGGUCAAUGUGAUUAUGCUGCAACUAACCAAAGUCAUUUGAAGACACAUAUUCGAAGUAUACAUGAAGGACUGAGGUAUCCCUGCGAUCAGUGUAAGUACCUUGCUACUGAAGUACGCUAUUUAAAGAAACACAUUGAAAGUAGACAUGAAGGAGUAAAAUACCCUUGUUAGUAGUGAUAUUUUACCUCUACCUAGCAGUAUCUCAAUUGAAGAAAAAAUAUUAAAUCUAAACAAACUUGUCCUCAUUGUGAAUACGCUGCCACUACAGCAGGUGAUCUGAAGAAAUGUAUUGAAAAUAAACAUAAAGGUGUGAAAUAUCCCUGUGAUCUGUGCAAUUACGUGGCCACACAAGCAACUAAUCUAAAGAAACACAUUGGGAGAAAGCAUGAAGAAGUUAGAUAUCCCUAUGGCAAGUGUGUUUAUGCUGCGGCUGACCCAAGUAAUCUAAAGAAACAUAUCAAAAAUAAACAUUAAGGAGUGAGAUAUUCCUGUAGUCAUUGUGAGUACUCUGGUACUGUUCAAAGUUAUUUUCAGGAGGCAUAUUUUAAUCAAACAUAAAAGUAUAAAGAAUGAACAUAUUCCUGUGUGAUGUCACCUCUGCCCAAAAAGGCUAUCUAAGACAGCAUAUUAGAAAUAACCAUGAAGGAUGAAGAUAUCACUGUGACUAGUGUAAAUACGAUAUGCUGUGGAGUGGGGAGGGGAUAGGAACGGUCAGUGCUUACCUAGGAGCUAUACCUGCCUCCCGGGCCGGUCCAACCCACAAGUACCUUACAGCUGAUGUAUCCUGACCUGGUUUACAGUCAGCAGAUUUAACCUCAGUCUUUCUCCUUCUUUCUGCGCAUUAUUGGUUUUUAUUAUAUAAAUCAUAAUUUCUUAUUUUACAAUAUUUAAACAUAA